UGUGACCCGCUCUCCCUUCCUACUGUUACACCUCUAGGGACCCAUUGUAGCUUUUCCGAUGCAAAACAGCGAAGCCGGCGACUCUCGAUCCCUGGUUUGUCACUCCGACCCUUUUAAGCAUUCUCUCAUCAGAACAUCGUCAGUUAAAAGUUGGGGACACCAUGAAGCAGCUGCCAGUCUUGGAGCCUGGAGACAAGCCCAGGAAAGCAACAUGGUAUAUCUUGACCCCCCCUGGAGACAGCCCCUGCGCUCGGGUUGGCCACAGCUGCUCGUACUUGCCCCCACUUGGUGAUGCCAAGAGAGGGAAGGUCUUCAUUAUUGGGGGAGCAGAUCCAAACAGGAGCUUCUCAGAUGUGCACACCAUGGAUCUGGGAACACACCGAUGGAACUUAGUCACCCUGGAGGGCCUCUUGCCCCGGUAUGAGCAUGCCAGCUUCGUUCCCUCCUGCACCCCUGACAGUAUCUGGGUAUUUGGAGGUGCCGACCAGUCAGGAAAUCGAAAUUGCCUGCAAGUGCUGAAUCCUGAAACCAGGACUUGGACCAUGCCAGAGGCGACCAGCCCCCCACCAUCUCCAAGAACAUUCCACACAUCUUCAGCAGCCAUUGGGAACCAGCUGUAUGUCUUUGGGGGUGGAGAGAGAGGCGCCCAGCCUGUGCAGGACGUGAAACUGCAUGUGUUUGAUGCAAGUAUGAGCUGGUGGACACCUUGGGCUUGUCACUCAUCAGGCACACUGACCUGGUCACAGCCGGAGACACUCGGAGAACCUCCAUCCCCCCGGCAUGGCCACGUGAUGGUGGCAGUAGGGACAAAGCUCUUUAUCCAUGGAGGUUUGUCAGGGGACAAAUUCUAUGAUGAUCUCCACUGCAUUGACACAAGUGACAUGAAGUGGCAGAAGCUAAGUCCCACUGGGGCAGCUCCCACGGGCUGUGCUGCCCACUCAGCUGUGGCUGUGGGGAGACACAUGUAUGUCUUCGGAGGGAUGACACCCACGGGGGCGCUGGACACAAUGUACCAGUAUCACAUAGAAAAGCAGCAUUGGACCCUGCUUAAAUUUGAAACUUGUCUGCCCGCUGGACGAUUGGACCAUUCUAUGUGUAUCAUCCCAUGGCCAGUGAUGUCUCCUGAGAAAGAAGACUCAGAUUCUGUCACUCUGAAUUGUGGUGCUGACAAAGGGAAUUCUGCUCAUGAAGGAAUUUGCCCAAGUGGUGACUCACUGGAGGAAAACCCCACUGACACACUGCUCUGUUUUGUGUUUGGUGGGAUGAAUACAGAGGGGGAAAUCUAUGAUGACUGUAUUGUGACUGUAGUUGACUAAUAAAACUCCUAUGUUUU